AUGGCUCCGGAUAUAGGAGUUUUAGAGGUGGCACCAGCGGGGAUUGGCACGGCCUGCAUGACCGUCCGGGACGGAAAUCGCAUCCAGAGGGAUAUGGCGGAUUGCCUGGGUGGAUCCACGCUGGCCGAAGCCGACGAGAUAAAGGACUCAGUCGCGUACAUGUUCGAGUAUAUGGGGCAUUGGGAGGACGAAGAGUAA